UUUCAAUUUUUGUUUUAUUUUUUGCUAUCAUGUCAAUACUUCGUUCUAUUGUCAAGGAUACCCCCGCUUCUUCUGGAAAUAAUGAUAGCGAUCCUGACAGCACAGAAGUGCUAGAAGACAGCUCGCGUAGUAUUAUCAUGGGUAUCAUAAGUCAAUUGCGUAAAGGCAUGGACCUGCACCGGGUCACUUUCCCAACGUUUGUGCUUGAGCCACGCAGCUUGUUAGAGAAGAUUACAGAUUACAUGAGCCACCCAGACUUCUUAUUAAUGGCGUCUAAGGAAACUGACCAACAAAAGCGUUUCAUUGGUGUCUUACGCUACUUCCUCUCUGGAUGGCAUGUUAAACCCAAAGGUGUCAAAAAACCUUACAAUCCAGUUCUUGGUGAGAUAUUUGAGUGUCAAUGGAAAUAUGGGAAUGGGACCGAUGCAUUUUACGUCGCCGAACAAGUGUCGCACCAUCCGCCUAUCUCAGCCUACUACUAUGGAAGUCCCGAAAAUGGAAUUCGGAUUCAGGGCAAUGUUCGACCGAAGUCCAGGUUUCUUGGUAAUAGUGUUGUCAGUCUGACAGAGGGAGACUCUUACAUUGAGUUUUCACAUUUUCACAACGAGCGCUACGACUUUACAAUGCCAAACAUGUAUGCCCGUGGUAUUCUGUUCGGUAAAAUGGUUUUGGAAUUGGGCGAUAAUUGUGUGCUACGCUGCCGUACAAGCGACUUAACAUGUGAGGUCGACUUUAAGACAAAGGGAUUCUUUUCUGGGCAGUAUAAUGUAUUGGUAGGAAAGAUUAAGAAGGAAUCUACAGGAGAGGUUUUAUAUGAGAUAUCCGGCCAAUGGUCAAAUGAGAUAUUUAUCAAGUCUGUCAAGUCAAGUACCAAGACUAGCUUGUUUGAUGUCAGUACCGCCCCUAUACGACAAAAAACGGUUGCACCGGAAUCAAUUCAAGCCGAAAAUGAGUCCAGACGAUUGUGGUCCAAGUUAACUGCAGCAAUAAAGAACAAUGAUAUGGACCAGGCCACAACCGAGAAGUUGGCUAUUGAGGAUCGUCAAAGAGAGGAAGCAAAGUAUCGUGAAGAGCAUGGAAAGCCAUUCCAACCAGUGUUUUUCGAAUUGGUGAAUGGUCAGUACGAAUUCAAGGCAAAUAACAUUAUCGACUUCCAAAACCCCCAGCACGGAAAGCAGCAGCUGUGUGACCUCCUGUAUUCACACCAUCCCAAACAGACCAACAAUAACCAACCAUAAAGGAACCGUUGUUUUUGUUUUUAUACAACCAGUGUCUUGCAUUAAACCAAUUGACAUUUCAUACAGUUUUUUUUUAUUUAUUUUUUAUUUCUUAUCUUUCUUCUUAUUAUUGUGCUUAUAUAAACAUUUUUACACUUUAUAUAUAAAAGUGAAACC